AUGAUUUUGGCCUCGCAGUUAUUUCCUGUGUUUUAUGCUGUUGUCGGUGUUUCUGGUAGCCAGAAAGGUGACAAUUUUGGAGUAAUGGAUCGUGUUUUUAUUGGUCUUUUUGACAUGACCGCCGUUAGUCAAUACUUGUGGGCGUAGGUGGGCGGAAGAGUCAGAACAAUGGACUGGUAACAGGCGCUUUAUUUUUCGCCUCCUCUCGUCUCGCGCUUCACACCCGUGUUCAAUGCCGCGUUCACCUAGUCUGGCUCGUAAAGCGCCUGUUAUCCAGGCUAAACGAGGACGAACGUCUGCGACUCAGCAACUGAAAUUCCAUACUGAUGGCGUAAAAUCUGUUCGGAAUCCAGUCAGAAGCGCUGAUUGGUCAAUCGAGUAGUUACAUUGUCUUAGCUACGAAUGACAAACAAAAGACAAAAGGCUACAAAGGCCAAAUGUAAACGCGAUGAAUCUCUAAUGAAACAGUCAAAAUUUGACCAGGAAGAACGUCAAAUUGAACAAAUUUGCAUUAGGAACCCCAUAACUACCGGAUUUAUUAUGUAAACAUUGAUGUACGUCACCAGUAUGGAAUUUCUGCCGCUUAGUCGCAGAUUUUCCUCCGCGAAGCGUCCCCAGCAGCGGAGAGCGAGGAGAAACGGCUGUUUUCGCGGGCUAAACGCAUUUCUCCAGGUAGGUAAUCUUUAACUUUGAAGUCAAGUUAAGUCCAUGUGUUCAUUUGCCCGGUUCUCGACAAGUUCAGGAUAUAGACGUCCUUCAUAACAGUUGCCAAUGUAUUUAUUUUUUUCCACGUGUAUAUGAAUCGAAUGAGCCUUUCUGGCAAUCAACCAUUUUGUAUUUUGCACAUCCUCGCGAGGUCAGAAAGGCUAAUUAUCAAUACAUAUAAAAUUUCACAGUAAUAGGCCGCCCUUGUGAAAAAGGAUAUUAAGGUAUUCUUUAAAUAGCAGAUGUCAUCUGUCGAGUUAUUUUUCUGCUUGUCUUGCUCUGUUUUUAGGCAGUAGUUGUGCUAUUUCUUCUUCGCGAAACGUGAAACGUUCCGUCAUUUUAUACCAAGGCAGCGCAUCCCUGUACCCAGUGCUUCUCGGUUACAGUCCCUUUUCAAGCAAUUAUUCCGCACUACUGACGUCAUUUUACAGAUAUCGCAAACGGCUUCCAAAUCGUCACCGAUUGUGCAUAAUUGAGGAAAAAUACAAAAUCUUAUAAGUAAGACAGGUUUUUGCUUAUUAACUGGAAAUAGCUCGACGGUUUUGACUCACCCCGUGUCAAAAAUUAAAUUUCAUAUACGCGAAGUAGCGGCGGAAACAUAACUUUUUUGUGAUAUACAGGCGGGACAAUUUGUUCAGUAUGAGACUGAAAGGUUGAAUUCUUUAGAUCUCAAUUUUGUUUAACUUAAACUCGUAUCUUUAAAUCUCGCGCUUCCCAGAAUGAAAAUAAGACAGAGAAAACAGAGAAUAAAUGAAGGGGUUACUGAUAAGGCUGGGCUGUUUUUUAGAUUUUGUUCCAUUUGCGUCAAAAAAACUAAACGUAAUUAACGUCAACUAUUGGACGAGGUUGAGCAAAAUAUCGUGAUUUGAUAGUGGCAAGCAUAUAUUCAAUUAUUAGCCGAAGCCGAAGACUGAGGUGAAUAAUUUAUCUGCGAGACACUGGCAAAUCACGAUAUUUUUUGGAUAACCGAGUUCAAUAAUUGUUUUAUCUUUCGAUCAUUGAGUUUAUUACUUUUUAAAAUGAAUAUCUUCGGACCCGCUAUUUUCAAGCAAGAGCGCCAGCAAGAAGAAGAAAAGUGUGGUUUCGUUUACGCUUGAGCAGAAUACUAUUUGCAGCCACACAAAGUUGGGCGACAUUGUGCAUGAGCAGACCAUAUUUGCAAACAGUUAUUUGUAGGUCACGUGAUGAGCUCUCGGCCAAAGAAAAGGAAGAAAAAUUUGCAACGAAUGGAUAUUAAAAAUUACCAGAUUUGAAAGGCGUUCGUUAAAAUAUAAUUAUUAAUCAUUAUUAUUCUUGAUGAAUUAUUAGCGUUGAAACGUCAAUCAAGCUCAUGUUGAUUCAUAGAUUAAUGAAUGCAUUAAUCAACUAACUGUUCUUACGUAACAAUUUGCUGAUUUGUUUCGUUUUCAGUUACAAUUUAGAAAGAUUAUCCGCGAUGUCUUCCACUCCAAAACAGAAUUCCUGUGCAUUACCUAGCAAGAAAUCUGCCCUGAAAGAGACUGUAGACCUUCUUCGCAUGCAAGCUAAAAUGCAACGUAUGAAGGUUUCAAGAUCAGCUGAGGAAUUGAUGAACUACUGUCUGGAAAAUGCUCAGGACGAUUGUCUUCUUCAAGGGAUUCCCACGGGCGGAAACCCGUACAAGGAAGGCAAAAAUUGCCCUGUUAUGUAGGGGAAAUCUAUCAGCUGAACUUUCGUAUGGAUGCAUUUGAUUUGGCAUAACAAGUUAACUGCCAGAGUUUUUGUAUGGCUAAGUAGCAGUAACUAAACCAAGGGCGUUGCAUGUCACGCGAUUAAUUCGUUCUGUUACAGGUUUUAAUUCUGAAAUAACAUGAAAUGUUUCUGCCACAGCGAAGACAAUUGACCAGCGUGUGAAGAGAGUCGCCUUAAAAAAUGUUUUGAAAUUUAUCCUGAUUACUUUAAAGCUG